AUUGUAAAAAAGGAUCACCUUAACCAAAUCUUCUUGUCAAUGCUUAAAUAAAGACUCUUUUGAUCAAACUUGUCAAACUUCUUCUCUCUUCAUUUUCCACUUAUUGAUCAACUCUUCUCCUCCAUAGCCAGCUCCAUGUCUGAUCAACCAAGAGAUCUUGUUUACUAUCAUGAUCCAUUUCAUGAUCAACAACGAUUCUUUAGUCCAAAUUCUUCGACGAAUAUGGCAGCUGAUCCUUCCUCUUACAUGAGCUUCACUGACUGUGUACAUGGAUCCUCUGAUUAUGGCUCUCUUGCUAGUGCUUUUGACUUGUCACCUUUUCAACAACCUCUAUCCACUGAUCAAAAGCCGAAAUUGGAGAGUGCAGACCCUCCGGUGACACCGAACUCUUCGGUUGUUUUAUCUUCUUCAACUGAAGCUGGUGAUGAUGAAGCAAACAACAGCAAGAAAUCAGACAAGCAAGCUAAAGGGGCUGAGGAAGAUGUAGGAGAAAGUUCGAAGAAAGUAAGCAAAGCUAAGAAGAAAGGAGAGAAAAAGGAAAAAGAGCCAAGAUUUGCUUUCAUGACAAAGAGUGAGAUUGAUCAUCUUGAAGAUGGAUACAGAUGGAGAAAAUAUGGACAGAAGGCUGUCAAGAACAGUCCCUAUCCAAGAAGCUAUUACCGGUGCACAACUCAGAAGUGCACAGUGAAGAAACGCGUGGAGAGAUCAUUCCAAGAUCCAUCCACUGUGAUCACAACUUACGAAGGAACACAUAACCAUCACUUACCCUCAACUCUCCGAGGAAAUGUUGCCGGAAUGUUCCAACAUUCCAUGCUUAAUCCAGGGCACAUGGCCGGACCGGGGUUCCCUAAUCAAGAUUUUUUAGUUCAAAUGCCACCAAUGAAUCAUAUAUACAACUAUGGCAGUGGUAGCAAUGCGCCAAACUCUUCUAUAUUUCAGCAGCUGCAGCAGCAACAGAAUAACUUAAACCUAAACCAACAUCAGCAGCUCCAGCUCUCUGAUUAUGGCCUUCUGCAAGACAUUGUUCCGUCGAUAAUCAAGAACCAUGAAUGAAGAUGAUCUGAUCAUAUCCCUGUGAACUUCUAACUGAUCUGACCAAAGGGUUAUUCACUUUCUAUUAAGUAGGUAUCUUAUAAUGUACCUCUCCCUUUGGUCAUGCAUAAUUACAUAAAUUUAGAACUACGGACUAUUAUAUAUGUAUCUAGUUAAUCGA